CGCCCCCUCCGCGGCAGCCCGCCAGCAGCGCCACAGAAGGAGCGGGGCUGGCUGGCUCCGCGCUCCCUCUCGCAAACACACACGCACGCACGCACACACACAUACACCCGCUCGCACCGCGCCGCUCCUCUCUGCUCUCCGAUGCAGGCAGGCGGGCAGGCAGAAGAUGGCUGACUCGCCGGGGCACCCGCGCCGCGGCCCGGCUGCGCCCCCCGCCCGCCCGCCGCCGCCGCGCUCCCCCCGGGCCCUCCGCGGCGCUGCCUGCCACCACUGAGAGCCACCCCCACCCCACUGCUCCCCUCGCCGGCCCCCCCAAGAACACCAGCAGCCAUUUCAUCUCCACCAACUAGGCGCAAAAAAUGGCAGAAAUGGAGAAAGAAGGGAGACCUCCCGAAAAUAAAAGGAGCAGGAAGCCGGCUCACCCGGUGAAACGGGAGAUCAAUGAGGAGAUGAAGAACUUUGCAGAAAAUACUAUGAAUGAGCUCCUUGGCUGGUAUGGUUAUGAUAAGGUUGAACUGAAAGAUGGAGAAGAUAUUGAAUUCAGGAACUACUCUACAGAUGGGGAAAGCCGACAGCACAUUUCUGUUCUCAAAGAAAAUUCUUUGCCAAAACCAAAAUUACCUGAGGACAGUGUUAUUUCACCAUACAAUAUAAACACAAGCUACCCAGGGCUUGCCACGGGAAAUGGACUUUCAGACUCACCAGCAGGGUCAAAGGAUCAUGGGAAUGUACCUAUUAUUGUCCCAUUAAUUCCACCACCUUUCAUAAAGCCACCAGCAGAAGAUGAUGUGUCAAAUGUACAAAUAAUGUGUGCCUGGUGCCAGAAAGUUGGAAUCAAGCGCUAUUCCCUGAGUAUGGGAAGUGAAGUGAAAUGCUUCUGCAGUGAGAAAUGCUUUGCAGCUUGCCGAAGAGCAUAUUUCAAGAGAAACAAGGCUAGAGAUGAAGAUGGACAUGCUGAAAAUUUUCCCCAGCAGCACUAUGCUAAGGAAACUCCAAGACUUGCCUUCAAGAAUAACUGCGAACUACUUUUCCUGCAGAAAUCCCGUGGCCGUGUGUCUGCGCCGAUUGAGGUAUGUGACUGGUGUAAGCACAUAAGACACACAAAAGAGUAUCUGGAUUUUGGGGACGGGGAAAGAAGGCUUCAGUUCUGCAGUGCAAAAUGUCUCAAUCAGUACAAAAUGGACAUUUUCUACAAAGAGACACAGGCCAAUCUUCCAGCUGGACUGUGCAGUACAUUACAUCCUCCAGUCGAAAAUAAAGCAGAAGGCACUGGGGUACAGCUGCUGACUCCAGAUUCUUGGAAUAUACCGCUAGCAGAUGCUCGGAGAAAAGCCCCAUCCCCAGUGUCUGCAGCUGGCCAAAUUCAAGGUCCUGGACCAUCAGCGUCUACCACUGCCUCUCCAUCUGACACUGCCAACUGCUCUGUCACUAAAAUCCCCACGCCAGUUCCCAAACCUAUUCCCAUCAGUGAGAAUCCAAAUAUUCCACCAGUUUCUGUCCAGCCACCUGCUAGCAUUGUGCCUCCAAUUGGUGUCCCACCUCGCAGUCCUCCCAUGGUAAUGACAAACCGUGGGCCAGUUCCUCUGCCCAUAUUCAUGGAACAGCAAAUUAUGCAGCAAAUCCGUCCACCAUUUAUUCGUGGGCCACCUCACCAUGCCUCAAAUCCUAACAGCCCUCUGUCAAAUCCAAUGAUUCCUGGAAUUGGUCCACCACCAGGUGGUCCCAGAAAUAUGGGUCCCACCUCCAGCCCCAUGCACAGGCCAAUGCUCUCCCCUCAUAUCCAUCCCCCCACAACACCCACCAUGCCUGGGAACCCGCCAGGCCUGUUACCACCCCCCCCUCCUGGAGCUCCUUUGCCCAGCCUUCCCUUUCCCCCUGUCAGCAUGAUGCCAAAUGGUCCUAUGCCUAUGCCGCAGAUGAUGAACUUUGGAUUGCCAUCCCUCGCCCCGCUGGUGCCACCCCCGACUCUGUUAGUGCCAUAUCCUGUCAUUGUCCCACUGCCUGUCCCCAUCCCAAUUCCCAUCCCCAUCCCUCACAUCAACGAUUCCAAGCCUCCCAACGGCUUCUCCAGCAACGGUGAGAACUUCAUUCCGAGCACCUCCAGCGAGACGCCUGGGGCGAAGCCAGCCAAUAACUCUUCAUCCCCUCGAGAGUCAAAGCAAGGAUCUUCUAAAUCCUCUGACUCGUCACCGAGCUGCUCAGGCCAGUCCUUAAAUCAAGCUCAAGUGCUUCAGGAGCACAGUAAAAAUGAAGUUGUUGACUUGACUGUCAGACCUAGUAGUCCAGUGAACAGUAAAUUUGGUUUCCCCAGUGUGCUACAGGGUCCGCAGGACGGUGUGAUAGACCUAACACUAGGCCACCGGUCUAGGCUGCACAAUGUCAUCCACAGGGCUUUACAUGCCCAAGUGAAAGUUGAACGUGAACCUAACAGUGUUGUAAAUUUGGCUUUUGGUAACUCAGACAAAAGGAACUGCAGUGACUGCAGGGACAAUUGCAGCCCAGUUGACUCAAAACCAUUGCCGUGCGGUGACGCAGCACACUGCUGUCCUGUCUCCUUGGCCUCCAGCACUUCAGGACUAGAAACUAGUGCAGCAGUUUGCAAUGUCAUUGUGAAUGGCACAAAGAGCACGGAGGGUUCCAAGAACCCGGAGCCGCCCUCGGAGCUGAAAAAGCCUCAGCCCUCGGAGGAGCUGGCAGUGAGCGAGCUGGAGUCCGUUAAGGAGAACAACUGCGCAUCGAACUGUCACCUCGAGGGAGAGGCUGGCAAGAAGACCGGGGAAGAGCCCCUUGUGGGAGGAGACAAACAAGACCCGAACCUUAACAAUCCAGCAGACGAGGACCAUGCAUAUGCUUUGCGGAUGCUACCCAAGACAGGUUGCGUGAUCCAGCCUGUGCCAAAACCAGCAGAAAAGACUGCUAUAGCGCCGUGCAUUAUCUCAACACCAAUACUCAGCACAGGGCCAGAGGAUCUGGAGCCACCAUUGAAAAGGAGGUGCCUCCGAAUUCGAAAUCAGAAUAAGUAAAGGAACACGCGCUGACAGGGUACCUUGCAUGGAGAACG